AUGGCGGCACCAGCGGCACCGCCACCGGGUUGGAUAACACCGCUUACGGCGGCACAGAUAGUGGAGCGCAUGACGGAGGAUCACCAGUAUCUUCUUGCUGCGCCAGUGGGCCAGCCUCACUGCGCGAAUGGCACCGUUUGGGAGUGCCCAUGGCUCCAGCGCCAACAGCAAUGGCAGUGCGGGAUGGAGGGAAGUGUGCGCCUGGUGGAGCGCUGUCAAUGGGAACUGAACAUCCCAGACUUCAGCGCUUGUGAUAUCUGCGGUGGGGAGGCAUCCUUCGCUGGACACUUAAUCGGCAAGAAGCACCUCAACAAGCUUUUCCACAAGUUGUCUGAGAAGCAGCCAAUUGCGGAGCAGAAAGCGGGCUAUUGGCAAGUCUGGCCAUUCAUUAAGAAUGGCUGGAAGGGAGAGCUCCUCUUCAACCACAUCGACGGGGAGGUGGUCAUCCGACGUGGCACGCCGGCCAAUGGCCCUCCAAUCCAACUGGCAACUACGGUAGGUUUGCCACCCGCGACUCCUCUGAGGCCUCCUAGGGCCGAACCGCCAUAUCGAUCCCCAGAGCCGCCAACUCCGCCCGCUCCGUGGAUUGGGUAUCGACCACCCCGUGAAAGUGACAACCUGAGCACGGCUGCUGUCUUCGACGGCCAUUUCUCAGACGCGGCUUCGGACGCGCCACCAUCUUUAGGCUACCACUACUACAGCGAGACCGCACGGAGCAAGGCGCAGUUCUUGCAAAAGCAGCUGGAGCAAUACGUCGACAGUGUCACCUGCAGCGCGUGCAAUAUCAAGAUCAAAGUCAACGAGUUCAAGGAUCACUUGGUUUCCAGAAUCUUGACCCCGUUUCAGCACACUUCCAGAAACUAG